AUGUUAGAGAUACACCCUUCAUAUCCUGCGCUUGCUUCUGUUGCUGAGAAAUAUCCCACUCAUCGAGGCUCCUUGUUCCAAACCUACAAUGACAUUUUGCUAGCCCAGCAAUGGCGCGAUGUACAAGUGAUAGACCUAGGAAAGUGUAAACGGGGUGCACUUCAAGGGAGAAGACCGAGGACCGCCGCGGAUGCGGAUUUGCUGCUGCAUAUCGUUCCAUGUUCACUCGCAGAAUCAAUUUCGCUAGCAUGGUACGACGCUGAAUAUGUUUUCGCGGCUCUUGUAAAUCCGCCUUCAAUAUACCUCGCCGUCGUGUCAGAUGAUUCGUCGAUUGUGUACUAUAAACUCAGCUCUGGAAUUGUGAAACCAUCCAUUUGA